UCAUCACAAAGCCCUGAAAAAUCAAGCCAUUAAAACGUGCAAUUGACUGUAUAAAUUCUUCCACUUUGGAGAGUCUUGUGGCAUUCAACCCCCAAAAAUGACCAUGACCUCAAACCAGUCAAUUACCACAUGCCUUCUUCCCACCCAAAAGAAAAAAAGAGCAAAGAAAUUAAUUAAAAAGACGCGGUUUCAAAGACUUUCCCUCCAUCAGAAGCACAGCUGUUCAUGUCUGCUCUCUCAGGGUCUUAUUAUUUUUAUUCAAUUUGGGCAUACAGUAAUUAUAAUUAAUAUAUGAUUUUCUAUGUACAAAUCCAAAUCCUUUAUCAUUAUUAUACAAUAUUUCAGAUCGUAACCCAACACAAAAACUUAUAAAGAAUCAGUCAAUUGGUGCUGCCUUGCCCUUCCCCUGGGAUCUAAUCCAAGAAGAAGAAAGUGAAAAGCUUUUUGCAUAAACCACACCGUCAUCCAAAUUUCCUUCCUCUCCCCUCACUACCCAGAUCGCCUAAAUAUAGCAGCAGCUUUUGUUUUUUCCAAUUUUUAAUUUCUGGGUUUCGUCCGAGGUUUGACAAAGCUCUGAACUUUCUGAUUCUCUGUGGAAGUUUCUCUUCUGGGUUGCGUGUAGAAUCUAAGCUAGAUUUGUGGGGAGGAUUUGAAAGAACUGGGGGAGAAAUGGAUGGUUCAAGAGGGAGGAGGGCGGAGAAGAGAGGUUAUGAGCAGGGUAUUGAAGAUGAGAGUGAUCACUUGCCUGAUUCGAAGAAGCCCAAAAUGCCUGCUUUAGCAAGCGUGAUUGUGGAAGCUUUGAAGGUUGAUAGUUUGCAAAGACUAUGCUCAUCUCUAGAGCCUCUCUUCCGCAGAAUUGUCAGUGAAGAAGUUGAACGUGCUCUCUCAAGGAUGGGAAAUGCUACAUUGCCGGGGAGAUCGCCACCACCAAAAUUAACUGGUCCAGGGGGCAACGCCCUACAACUCCAUUUCCGAACACGGAUGCCACCUCAUCUCUUCACAGGUGCAAGAAUAGAGGGGGAACAAGGAGCAGCCAUCCACGUCGUCCUGAUAGACUCAUCCACGGGUAGUGUCGUCCAUAUGGGACCAGAAUCAGCAGCCAAACUGAAUGUUGUGGUUCUUGAGGGUGACUUCAAUGAGGAAAAUGAGGAAGACUGGACGCCGGAACACUUUGAGAACUACGUGGUCAAGGAACGUGAAGGGAAGAGACCAUUAUUGACCGGCGAGCUGCAGGUGGUUCUCAAGGAAGGUGUAGGAACUCUGGGAGAUCUCAGUUUCACUGAUAAUUCGAGCUGGAUAAGGAGCAGGAAGUUCAGGCUUGGUGUGAAAGUUGCCGAUGGACAUUGUGAUGGGGUUCGCGUUCGUGAGGCCAAGACCGAGUCUUUUGCUGUUAAGGAUCACAGAGGAGAAUUGUACAAGAAACACUACCCACCAGCUUUACAUGACGAAGUUUGGAGAUUGGAUAGAAUAGCGAAAGAUGGAGCACUGCACAAGAAAUUGGUGAAGUCCCAGAUCGAGACAGUCGAAGAUUUCCUCCGGAUACUCGUUAGGGAUCCACAGAAACUGAGAAGCAUUCUCGGAAGUGGAAUGUCAAAUAGAAUGUGGGAGAACACAGUGGAGCAUGCCAAGACCUGUGUCUUAGGAGGAAAGCUGUAUGUUUACUACACUGAUGGAGCUCAUAGCACGGGAGUUGUGUUCAACCAUAUAUGUGAGCUAAGAGGCCUUAUAUCUGAAGGACAGUUUGUCUCCCUUGAAUCACUUGACCACAAUCAAAAGCUUUCAGUGGAUUCUAUAGUUAAGAGAGCCUAUGAGAACUGGCAUCAGGUCAUAGAAUACGAUGGCAAGGUCCUCACUGCUCUGGCAGCCAGCAAGCCCCCAAAGAAAGCCUUGCCUCCUCCACCUGUCUCCACAACUAACUAUGACGCGCAACAACAUUUUGUACCAAGCAAUCAAAACAAGCAGCUCUACAUCUCCCCAGACCCACCACAUCCAUCUCAGCUGAUCGACUUCCCAUUCGUGAGGCCAGAUCAUCACCAUCAAGCCACAUCAGCAACCACCGCCACCAUGAGCAGCAGCAGUCAUCAUCAACAGCAACAGCAAGCUGCAGCAUUGACCAGCAGCAGCAUGGACUUCAUGUCAGUGGGUACACCCGGGUACCACUCUGGAGGAGACUUUUUCGCGGAGGAAAUCAGGAUGAGAAGCUUGGAGAUGUUGGAAGGAGACGAUAUGCAGAGGCUGCUAAGGUCAUUUGGCAUGGGAAUGGGUGGUGGCUUUGGGAGUGGGUCGGGCUUCGGUGGGCCUGGCGAUGGUGGUUAUUCUUACAACAUUCAAGGAGAUGGAGGAGGAGGAUAUCAGCCUCAGAUGGAUCAAGUGUAUGCGUCGCAGGAUCGUGGAAGAAGUUCCGGGAAAGCUGUUGUUGGUUGGCUGAAGCUGAAGGCUGCAUUAAGGUGGGGAAUCUUUGUUAGGAAGAGGGCUGCAGAGAGAAGAGCUCAGCUAAUUGAACUCGAUUGAUUACUUUUGUGUUCCAUUGUUUGGAGUCUAACAGGUGGAGUUAGGAGCUUUAUAUGAAUUCUUUUGAUGUUUGAUUGAUUCAAUGACUUGUUGAGAUACACUGGUGAACAUUAGAGGUCCUUUUUUAACUUGACAGAGAGUUCAAAUGCUUGAUAUUGAGAUUCUUUUGUUGUAAUACAUUGUUCUUAUUGUUAAAAGCAAGGCAAGUUGAAGGAACUUCAAAGCUUAUAUUAUAUAGUUGUUUAUUACAUUGUUCAUAGAUCAAGUAGCUUGAUGAUCAUAUUCAGGAAAAUUCUUCCAGUUUAAGGAUGAGAUGGGAAAAAUCCUGUUUCAGAUUCGAAUAUGUAAACUGAAGAGAGAUCUGUGGGGAAAUCUUAUAUCCUUCUUUACAUUUAUCUCAUCAUUGAAUACAUUAAUUUUCAAUUU